GUCAUAGCGACAGUAGUGUCCCCUUCAGGAAACUACGUUUUCAUUUUCAAAGCAAAACAUGCAGUUAAAUAGUCAAAUAUCUUAACUCUUGUUUCUAUCACAGUAGUUUCUUUAUUUCCACUACCUUGUUUAUCAUGGAGAGUGAUGAACAUUUGAAUGACUUGCGGCUUCAGUUCCAAACGUUGCAAAAACAGCAGGAAAAACGAAAACUGGAAGGGAAGAAGAAGAAAGAACCCAGUGAUUUAAGUGUGACAGGCACUCAGGAUGAUUUGAAUCUGUCGAAACAAGUCGUUCAGGAAGACAGUCCUGAAGAAAGUCUGUUAAAGGAGCAGGAUGAAAUUCUGUUAGACCAAAUUCGAGAGCUCAGAGAUGAAAAUGGGAGGCUCUUCAAACUUCUGAGUGAAAAGGACUUUGAGAUCAAACAUCUGAAGAAGAAAAGAGAAGAAGAAAGACUGGCCUUAACAGGUUCAUCAGGUUUAGCCGGAGCUGUAGCUGCCACCAAGAUUGUUGAGCUUUCCAAGAAGAAUAGAGAGCUAAAUGCAGAAAUUGAGAAAGAGAAGAUUAGAUCCAAGCAAAGCAGCAAUAGGAUCAGAGAGCUCGAGAAAGAGCUGCAGUGUGCUUUGGAGAAUGUUGUACCUGGACAGAAAACCACACAAAAAACCCUGGAUAAAAGCUCGUCUGAAGACCAUGAGGAAAACCCGCUGGUCAAGUCUCUGCAAGAAAAACUAGCAGCUACCCAGCUCAAAGUGACAGAAUAUCGAAACCAGGUUCAGUCUGCAAAACAGGAGCUGAAGGUUGCUCAGAAGGUUUUAUUGAGUGAAGUUGGAGAGGAGGUCAACCUUCAGCAGAUGCUCAACAACCCUAGGAGCUUUAGAGGCCGGUCGCAGCAGAUUCUUGCUCUUCAAACAAGGGUACGGGAGCUAGAGCAGCAGCUGUGUCAUCAAAGACAGGCAGAUGUCCAGAGUGUGGAGCAGGAUUUUUCUGGCACUGCGUCCCAUCAUAAACCCCCUGCCCAAAAUAGAAACCUCAACUACAUCCGUACCAUAGAGAAGGAAAAGAGGGAGGCAUUUGAGAGGAUCUCAGCUGAUCAUGAAGGCCUCUUGAAAGAACACGAGGAUGUGAAGAAAAAGCUAGAAGCCUCCAAAGCCAGGAGCAGAACUCAGUCCGAGGAAAUCAAAACUCUGAAAAUGCAGAUUUCCUCCUUAUUAGAGAAGGGGAAACAUGACACCGGGCUUGUGGAUGCCCUGCUGAAACAACAGAGCCAGAUGCAGAUGAUGCUAAAGCAACUCGGCCAACAGCAGAGCGCACAGAUCAAGAGUGGGUCCCCAGAGAACAACUGUCUUAUCCAGAAACUGAAGCUCAUGGUAGCAGAGAAAGACGCCAUGAUAAAAGAGCUGCAGGAAAGGCAACAGUUUUCCAAUAAGAAACUGAAGGAAGAGAGUGUGGACAGACAAUUAAGCCCUAAAAUAAAAAGUUGCCGUUCAGGAUUCUACCCAGAAGAUGGAGACAGUGUCACAAGAAUUACACCCGAUUCAGUCUCUAAAUUAGGCCAUAAAUUGGUAAUUGCAACUGUGGGAGGUGAGAUGGAAUUAAAUCAUUCAAAGUGUCCGGGUUGUUCUGCUGAUGUGAGUGCACUGAUCACCCAGAGCAGUGCGUAUAAAGUCCUGAGCGUGGAGAAGGACCGCCUCCUGGAGCUGGUUAAGCUUCUACAGAUCAAAGAGAAAGAAAUGAAACAAGUGUGUUUGGAGGCAGAGAAGAAGUAUCAAGAGGAGCGCCGUAAAACCUUGAUAUUGGAGCAGCAGUUACAAAGGGCAUGAGCAGAUUCAAAGUAAAGGACUCUGCAUCGAGCACGGGAAGGAUAAGGACCAGUGUGACCAGGUGGCCGUUCUGCUAAAAAAAACUGUUUUCCAAGGGUUCAAAUCCAAGGGUUCCCAGGGUUUUCUAGCAUACCCUUGUUCAGCUCAACCUUGUCUGUCUCACUCCAUGACUGUUCCUCAGGAGAAAUAGGGCAGGAGCUACAAGGCAGAAAGAAAUAAAGCAAAACAGACAAACAGAUCAAUCUCUGGAAUGUGAAUAAUUUUUACCUUG